AUGACGUUUUUUCAUUUCGUGAACUGUGUGGCGCUUUCCUAUGCACCCUAUCUGAUUGCCUAUAAAUACUCGGGGCUUUCCGAGUAUUGCUCGGUCUGGAAAUGUGCCUAUGCAGCAGUGGUGUAUUUCCUUACACAGCUUGGCAAAAUGCUUGAAUUGAUGAAAGCGAGUGCUGAUAUAUUUGAUGUGAUGGGCCUUCAUGCUGUAAUUGUGUAUCUUAUGGCUGGCAAAAGUGAAGAAUUGAUGAAAGCGAGCGCUGAUAUAUUUGACGUGAUGGGCCUGCAUGCUGUAAUUGUGUAUCUUAUGGCUGGCAAAAGUGAAGUACGAUUUUUGGCCGCCGGCCUGGGAUGGGCUUUCGCGCACAGUGUUGCAAGUCGUCUUGUUGGUUUUUGGGUUGGUGCACGCGCAACAGCUUUUCACUGGAAAUUCAUUCAAAUGGCUCUCGAUUCCAACAUUGAUUUGAUUUUUUACGUUGCAAUGGCUGCACUGGUUUGGUUAUUUUCUCGUAACGAUUUACAGCCAUCAAUGAAGCGAUUCGUUGUUUUCCUGAUUGCACUAUGUGUUUUUCAUGAAUUCAUAGCACAGUAA